UGGACGAAGCUUUGCUACAUGAGAAACGUUGCCUAUUUCCCUCGCACACUACGAAAGGGAGUCUCGAGAGCUCACAACUUGGAAACCUCACGGCCAGUUUUUAGCUUUAAGCAGCACCCCCUCUCUACAUUGCCCCUAAUAAUAGCCACCGAGAAAACCCCUCUCACGUCAUCCCGUGUCAAGUAAGAUACUACGACAGAGCGUCUCGUCAUGCCUGUUAUAGAUGGCGUCAAGGUAGCGUGUAUACCGUGCAUACGAGGGCACCGGUCGACGAAAUGCACACAUCAAGCGGAGCGCAUAAUGAUACCGGUGCGAAAGCCCGGUAGACCACUUAGUUCAUGUCCUCACCAAAAAGGGAAGCCUUGCAAUUGCAAUAAUAUCACAGCUGCCAUCCCGCGAAAUGGAAAAUGCGCAUGUGGAACCGCAGAACCUAUAACCAUCGAUACGAGAGCACCGGUGAAAACGGAGUCAUCAGUUUCCGACGUAACUCCUAUGUCACCUACAAAAGCAACUUUUAGAGUUCAAAAGCAUGCGACUCCCAAAUCACCCAGCCGUAAACAAUCCUACGACAUAUCCCUAUUAGGCCAAAUGGAUCCUAAUUCCAUCAACAUGAUGCCCAGCCAUGGUUUAACGCUUGGUACUAAUGGUUCCCUAAACCACGCAGGUCAAAUGUCAUCUGCGGGCUUUAUACCAAAUUUUCAGCCGAACUUCAAUUCUGAAGGAGUCUUAAAUCAGAACUUCGAGUACGCGCGCAUGUUAGGGAGACUGGAGGGCGCAGCUCUCAAUGCUCUGUUUGAGAGCCCCGGGUCCAAUGCAUCUUCAACAGGGUUUUCAAGUAAUGGGGCGUCUAAUCAUUCGAGUAUAGAUACGUCAGGAACACCACAUUAUACUCCAAUAUCAGGAUCGCCGAGUUCUAGCUCCUACACCAAGGGAUUCUCUACAGAUGGCAAAGGUUGCUGUGGGAAAGGCUCGUCGGCGAUACCACUGGCAAACGACCUAUCAGAAGAGCGGAGGACACAGGAUAGAAUUGGCUUGAUGAGAUAUGGAGAUACCAUCCCGACCCGGGGCCGAGACAUGCCUUCAAUGGGUUAUAAUGGCACUAUACACGAUCGGUCUACCAUGCAACAUACGCAGCAGAACGCAGUCUUUCCAUACCCUGUAGCAUACGGCUCUUCAUUUUACGAGCCAUUGCAAUUUUCACAAUGGCAGGAGAUGAUGACCAGCCAAUCGCAGAGCGUGCCAGCACAACCGCAGAACACUUAUAUGGCCUCACAGUCUAGAAUGGAAGCAGCCGCGCCUGUGCUAGACUCCUAUACAGCCAACCAAUGCAGUUGUGGUGAGGGCUGUCAGUGUUUAGGUUGCGCAACUCAUCCGUUCAACGCGGCCAUGCAGGAAUACGUUCUCUCUGCGCUUCAAGAUGACCACGCGACUCCACCAAGCCUAUCUAAUGGUGAGAUCAAUGGUAUGCCGAAUGGGGCUAACGAGCCAUCUCCGGGUGUUCUCGCGUCGCCCGUUGCGGAUGGUUCGCCGGCCGCAGAGACAGGGUCAAUGGGCAUGAACGACUACUUGUUCGUGGCUUACUGUCCCGGAAGUCCUCAGUCGUGCCCGUGUGGUGACGAAUGUGCAUGCGUCGGUUGCAUGAUCCAUUGCGAACCAGCAGCCAGAUCCCCACCUACUCCUCCAUGAACAAAAAAAGGGGCUGGUUCAACGACGAGAACUUACUAGCUUGUGUGCUACCGAGGAAUUUGAGGCCGCAGAAGAUGAUACCCUGA